AUCAUGGUGCUGAUCUGGGCUUUCUUUGCUGUCAUCUUUCUGGCCUCCUACACUGCUAACCUGGCUGCCUUUAUGAUCCAGGAGGAGUACAUUGACACAGUGUCAGGCCUCUCGGACAAGAAGUUUCAGCAUCCCGAGGAGCAGUACCCACCUCUGAAGUUUGGCACGGUGCCCAACGGGAGCACAGAAAAAAACAUCCGCUCCAACUACCCAGACAUGCACCAGUACAUGGGCAAAUACAACCAGAGAGGAGUGGAGGACGCCAUACUGAACCUCAAGACCGG